CAUCCGCGGUUUGUGAUUGGUUAAUGUUCAUGCCCAUCACACAUGAGUGUUGUGAAGUUGACGCGGUACGAUGAUGAUAAGCAGUAAUCAAACAUUACAGUCCUAGUUAUUCAGUUUAUAUGUACUUACUGCAGCACCUGCUUCAGGUGUUCAGUGAAGGAUGAGCCGCUUUCUGAAUGUGUUGAGGAGUUGGCUGCUCAUGGUGUCUGUGAUCGCAGUGGGAAACACAGUGCAGAGCUUCAGAGAUUACAGCUUCCUGUCCGAGAAACUCUACACCGGCACACCGGAUUAUGUAAACGGUCUUCAGGCGAGAACCUUUGGCAUAUGGACCCUCCUGUCCUCCAUCAUCCGCUGCGCCUGUGCCGUUGACAUUCAGAACCGAACGCUUUAUCACGUCACCCUGUGGACAUUUGUUCUGGCUCUCGGCCACUUCUUGUCUGAAGCAUUUAUUUAUAAAACCGCUCCUUUGACCAUUGGAGUCAUGGCACCGCUGAUAGUAGCAAGUGUCUCUAUCGUGGGCAUGUUGAUUGGCUUCCAGUGUAUCGUUGAGCCUCAGGAAGUGGUGGGAGCUCGUCAGAAGAAGAGGAACUGAGUGAUAUUCACAGCAUCAUCACUGCUGAUGCCUUUGGCACUGAAACAGGACGGAUCGUGCCGCUGCAUGUGGACCGUUGUGGCGUUUCCCAUGGGUCAGUGGUUCUGAUAUCAACUGGUUGCCAGUCGCCAAAACAUAUAAGGCCCAAACUACCUUUUUACAGCAUUGAAAUCAGUGUAAUAUUAAUAUAAUACUUUUAUAUGGUUAUUUGAAGUUUAAUUGUCCAAAAGCAAUUACAGUAAAAUAGUGCAGUGAUGAAAACAGUGAAAACACAAACAGAAAAAUCUCUUAUAUUUGAGCUGCUGAAAGAAAUUUACUGGAGUUACAUUCAUAUUUGUUUACAAAACGAAUGUCAAACAUUCAAGAGGAAGCCUUUACAUGAUCAGAUGUACAUGUUUAUUACUGGUCACGUGUUUUUGUUAGUGUUUUUUCCAGAAUGCAUGUGGGAUGGUUUACAUGACAUUCAUUUGCAUGUUAAAUUGCAAAUCACUGACAUGCACAAAAUACAAGACAUGCUCACAAUUUGUGUUUUAGCCAUGUAGUGCGUUUAAACUAGUUAUCACUCUUUAUUAUUGACUGUGAGAUUCAAUUUGCAACAUACAGUUUUUCUGGAUUCUAUUCUAAAUGUUUCUAUACAAAUACUGUAAAAUGCACAGGAACUACAUACAUUCCUAACAAGAACAAUCAUUUCAACGACAUACACAGAUCAGAACAGUAACUUGCACAUCUACUGUAAGUUCUAUGAUCAUCUGCUCAAAAUCACAGAAAACAACAGUGCAAAAGCUGAUUUUUCUUAGUUCCACCAUUUUUAGCUCCAAUGUUGCUGUACUUACUGCUGGAUAUUUGAAGCCAUAUGAAAUUAAUAAAGUUAAAUGACCUUGAGGAA